GGUCGACGGGGCGGGAUUUCCGCAGGAAGCUGGCUGGGGUGUUGUGUGUUGGCAUCGGCCGCUGGAACUAGAUCCCAGGGACGAGGCUGUGCAAGGCUCCCACAUCGAAGUUAGAAGGAGCCCACGAGUUCCCUACGGGUCUGUGGAAACUGUCCCGUGACUGUUGGCGAAGAUGCCUUACCUUGGCUCUGAGGACGUGGUGAAGGAACUGAAGAAGGCUCUGUGUAACCCUCAUAUUCAGGCUGAUAGGCUGCGCUACCGGAAUGUCAUCCAGCGAGUUAUUAGGCACAUGACACAGGGCUUGGACAUGUCUGAUGUUUUCAUGGAAAUGGUGAAGGCCAGUGCCACUGUAGAUAUUGUUCAGAAAAAGUUGGUUUAUCUGUACAUGGGCACAUAUGCACCUUUAAAACCAGAUUUGGCACUCUUGGCCAUCAAUACACUCUGCAAAGACUGCUCAGACCCCAACCCAAUGGUGCGAGGACUAGCACUACGGAGCAUGUGUAGCCUCAGGAUGCCUGGGGUACAGGAAUACAUCCAGCAGCCUGUUGUCAAUGGUCUGCGGGAUAAGGCUUCAUAUGUUAGAAGAGUGGCAGUCCUGGGCUGUGCCAAGAUGCAUAAUCUUCACGGAGACUCUGAAGUGGAUGGUGCUAUAGUCAAUGAGUUAUACAGUCUUCUGCGUGACCAGGAUCCAAUUGUGGUUGUGAACUGUCUGAGAUCUCUAGAGGAAAUUUUAAAACAGGAAGGAGGCGUUGUCAUUAAUAAGCCCAUUGCCCACCAUCUCUUAAAUAGAAUGUCAAAACUGGACCAGUGGGGCCAGGCUGAAGUACUGAACUUCCUGCUACGCUACGAACCCCGCAGUGAGGAGGAACUGUUUGAUAUUCUCAAUUUGUUGGACAGCUAUCUCAAGAGCAGCAGCACCGGCGUGGUGAUGGGAGCCACCAAACUCUUUCUGAUUUUGGCAAAAAAGUUCCCCCACGUACAAACUGACGUGCUCGUACGAAUCAAGGGGCCCUUGCUGGCUGCCUGCUCUGCAGAGAGCCGUGAGCUCUGUUUUGCUGCUCUCUGCCAUGUCCGUCAGGUCUUGCAUAGUUUGCCAGGUCACUUUAGCAGUCACUACAAAAAGUUCUUUUGCUCUUACUCGGAACCCCACUACAUCAAGCUGCAGAAGGUGGAGGUGCUGUGUGAGCUGGUGAAUGACGAGAACGUGCAGCAGGUGCUGGAGGAGCUGCGCGGCUACUGCACUGAUGUGUCUGCUGACUUUGCACAGGCUGCCAUCUUUGCCAUAGGUAGCAUUGCCAAGACUUACACAGAUCAAUGUGUGCAGAUUCUAACAGAGUUGCUGGGACUUCGACAAGAACAUAUCACUACAGUGGUGGUGCAGACUUUCCGAGACCUGGUCUGGUUAUGCCCUCAGUGUACUGAAGCUGUGUGUCAGGCCCUGCCUGGCUGUGAGGAGAACAUUCAAGACAGUGAGGGGAAACAGGCACUUAUUUGGUUGCUUGGAGUCCACGGGGAAAAAAUCCCCAAUGCUCCUUAUGUGUUGGAGGACUUUGUGGAAAAUGUGAAGUCAGAGACAUUUCCUGCUGUUAAGAUGGAGCUACUGACUGCACUAAUGCGCCUUUUCCUCUCGCGCCCUGCUGAGUGCCAGGACAUGCUGGGACGGCUGUUGCAUUACUGCAUAGAGGAAGAAAAGGACAUGGCUGUACGAGACCGGGGUCUCUUCUAUUACCGCCUCCUGUUAGUUGGCAUUGAUAAAGUGAAGCAGAUCCUGUGUAGUCCUAAGUCUGACCCUUCUCUUGGACUUUUGGAGGAUCAGCCAGAGCGACCAGUAAAUAGCUGGGCUUCAGACUUCAAUACACUGGCGCCAGUGUAUGGCAAAGCCCACUGGGCAACUAUCUCUAAAUGCCAGAAGGUAGAGCUUCAUCGCCUUGAGCUUCCCCACAAUGCAUCCUUUGCCACAUCAGGACACUUGAUUUCUGAAGAGAACAAAGAAGGAGUCGAAGAACCCGAUUCUGAAGCUUUCAUGCUGGUCCCCAAUCUCCAGCUCACUGCUGAAUAUUUUGAGAAAACAUGGCUUAGCCUCACAGUCACUUACCAGCAGGUGUUUCCUUGGCAGGGAGAAGUUCAGCCUGACACUCUACAAAUGGCUCUAAAAGUAGUGAACAUUCAGACCAUCGCCAUGAGCAGAGCUGGUGCCCAGCCCUGGAAAGCCUACCUCAGUGCUCAGGAUGAUGCGGGUGCUCUCUUCUUAACUGAAUUGCUACUGAAGCCCGAGAACUCAGAGAUGCAAAUCUCCGUAAAGCAGAGUGAGGCGAGGACUGAGGCCCUGCAUGGUUUUGUCUCUGUCCUGGAGACUGUGAUUGGAACAGUUGGAGACAUGAAAUCUUAACAGAGUUUUGCUGCUUGCCUUGGAUGAAAUGAACAGUUGUUAGAGUUCCUUUAGUGUCUUAAAAGGCUUCUUGUAAGUCCAUGAAUGGACUUACAACUCCAAAAGAGAAUGGGAAGUCUGGGAACCUGCCUUUCAAGCCUGUCAGGAACUGAUCCCAUUUUAAAAGGAGAAUGUAUACUGUAGUGUUGGUAGGAGAUAAGAAUGGGGUGAAGAAGCCAGGUGGUGGUGGCACACGCCUGUAAUCCCAGCACUCUGGGAGGCAGAGGCAGAUUUCUGAGUUCUAGACCAGCCUGGUCUACAGAGUGAGUUCCGGGACAGCCAGGGAUGUGCAGAGAAACCCUGUCUCGAAAAAAUCAACCCGCAAAAAAAAAGAAUGGGGUGAAGAUAGGCUGGGGACAUUUCUCUGAUCAUUUUAGGGGUUAUAUUUAUUAACUAUGCCUGGCAUUUGUGGAAGUUGAUAGCUGUCGUCAGUUUUGAGUGUUUUUCUUGAGCAUACUGUUCGUGCAUUUCCAGGCAUACUUUUUAGGUUAGGAUCCAAAAGUCCCUUGUGUGACAUCUAAAGUACCUUUUCAGUGUCCUGACUCACACCCCUGAAGCACUCUAUUCUGACAAAGUGGUGUGCCAAAGAAGAAAACAGAUAACUGGUCUGUUGCAGUUCUCUGAGUGUUCUUUCAUACCCAGGCCUUAACAUCUGUCUCUUGACUAGAACAGUUGCUCACUCUCAUGCCUCAACACAGUGUGCUUUCCUUCGUUGUGAGGAAGGAAACAUCUUUAGGAUGUUUCCCUGUGGCAUUCACUGUCUUCACUCAGGAUCUUUAUUCAAGCUGUGAAAGCUGCCAUGCUGAGGCUGAGGCUGUAACUCAGUGGGUAGUGUACUUGAUCAGCUAGCACAGGCCCCAGGUUCCAUCUACACCACAACAUCCAGCGGGGGAUAGUGACCAUGCCUGUAAUCUUAGUGCUCAGGAGGAGGAGGAGCAGGGUGAUUAGAAGUUCAAGGUCAGUAUCAGCUACAGUAAGGUAUUUGAGGCCAAUUUAGGGUACAUAGGACACUGUCAAGAGAAAAGGGGCCCUGACAUGAUAGCUUAGCCAGUAAGGUGCUUGCUGCUGAGCUGCAAGCCUGUGUCGGAUACACUGAAGGAGAGAAUAGGCUCCACAUGUUAUUCUCUGAUAUUCUCCACACGUAUGCCAUGGAUAUUCACAAAGUAUGUUCCACUGCAUGUAAUACAAAAAUAUUUUUAAAAGUUGUUUUUAAAUAGUCUGGCAUGGUGGCUUAGUGGGUACAGCAGCUAUAACUAAGCCUUGAUGACCUGAAAUUCAUCCCCAGGAGAGAACUGGCUCCCAAAGGUCCUUGUCGGUCCUCCACUCAUGUGCCACUCGUGUGUCCUGUGCGUACCCCUCCCCCCAAGUAAAUAAUAAAUGUCAGAAAACAAAGUUGCGAGGCAUACUUCUAACA